CCGCGUACUCGCCCGCGUCGCCCGCGAUACAUACCGAUCGCUAAUUGCUAUUCUACCCCUAGGUCCUACAGCAACAGUGACAUUUCGUGAGUGUCUUCAACAGUGACGUCGUUUUUUAACCGGGCAGCAAGAGUGACGUCACACUUCUCAACCGGGCAGCACUUCUUAACUGGGCAGCACCAGUGACGUCACACUUCUCAACCGGGCGUUAGUGACGUCAGAGCUCUUAACCGGGCUCACCAGAGUGCACCAGUGGGACAUUAAGCCACAAUCAGUGGACAGUCAGUGACCGCCGGUUAUCUAAACGAGCUGACGCAAGAGGACAGCAUCAGACAUGACUAUACAACCGCCGAGGACGCGCAUCAGUUCUUAUGGUGACUUAUAAUAUGUCGAAUCGUCACCCAUCAAUUGUGAUAACGAAGAAAGAUAUGAAAAGUGAACCGCCUGAUCGACGAGAGAGAUUAGUUUGAGAACCUAGUCAAAAAACAUUAUAUUUUAUACCAAAAAUGGCAAUACACGUACUUCUAGCGUCGACCGCACUGAAGACGGUCAGUGUGACCAGUUUAUGGUUGAUUCCCCUGCUUUUGGGCGCUUUUACGUACCACAACUACAACUCCUACGAUCCCGAAUCCAGAAUACAAGACCGGGAGCCGAAAAAGGAGUAUGACUUUAUUGUGGUCGGCGGGGGAUCGGCGGGCGCCGUCGUCGCUAAUCGCUUAACAGAAAUAAGGGGUUGGAACACUCUUUUAUUGGAAAGUGGUCCAGACGAGAACGAGAUCACAGACGUCCCAGCUUUGGCCGGCUACCUUCAGCUGACGAAGCUAGACUGGCAGUACAAGACGGAGCCAACGAACUACGCUUGCCUGGGUUUCAAGAAGCGACGGUGUAGUUGGCCGAGAGGAAAGGUGCUCGGCGGUUCAAGCGUUUUAAACUACAUGAUUUAUGUGAGGGGAAACCGUUACGACUUCGACCAAUGGGAAUCGUUCGGAAAUCCAGGAUGGGCCUAUCGAGAUGUACUCAAAUACUUCAUCAAAUCCGAGGACAAUAGAAAUCCAUACCUGUCCAAAAGUAAAUAUCACGGUCGGGGUGGAUACUUGACAGUGCAAGAAGCUCCGUGGAGGACACCUCUAGUUGCGGCCUUCGUGGAGUCGGGAGUAGAAAUCGGCUACGAAAACAGAGACAUAAAUGGAGCCAUCCAGACUGGCUUUAUGAUGGCCCAAGGGACAAUAAGAAGAGGGUCGAGAUGCAGUACCGCAAAAGCAUUCCUGAGACCUGUACGAACACGAAGGAAUCUGGAUAUAUCAUUAAACUCACAAGCGACUAAAGUACUCAUAAACCCUCUAACUUUAAAAGCUUACGGCGUGGAAUACGUGAAGCACGGCGUUAAAAGAGUCGUUUACGCCAAGAAGGAGGUAAUAUUAUCUGCAGGCGCCAUCAACAGCCCACAGCUGCUCAUGUUGUCCGGCAUCGGACCGAAGGAUCACUUGAGGGAAGUCGGGAUUCCAGUAUUAAAAGAUUUGCCCGUCGGGGAGAAUCUCCAGGACCACGUCGGUGUGGGCGGUUUAACUUUUCUAGUCGACAAGCCUGUUGCGAUCGUGCAAAAUCGGCUGCAAGCAUUCCCAGUCACGAUGAACUACGUGGUCAACGAGAGAGGACCCAUGACCGUUCUCGGCGGCUUAGAGGGAAUCGCCUUUGUCAAUACAAAAUACGCGAACAACUCCGGUUUAUGGCCGGACAUACAAUUUCACAUGGCACCAGCGUCGCUUUCGUCGGACAACGGUCAGAUAGUUCGAAAAAUAUUAGGACUCACUGACGAAUUAUACAAUACAGUAUAUAAGCCGAUAGUGAAUAAGGACGCCUGGACGAUAAUGCCUCUGCUGUUGCGACCGAACACGAGAGGGUACGUUCGGCUAAAAUCGUCGAAUCCUUUCGACUACCCGAUUAUGAACCCUCGAUACCACGAGGAUCGUCUGGACGUAAUUCGGCUAGUCGAGGGUAUAAAGAUUGCCUUGCAAGUCGCCAACGGGAAAGCUUUCAAGCAGUUCGGUUCCAGGCUCUAUAUGAAGCCGCUACCGAACUGUAAGCAGUUCAAAUUCAUGUCGGACGAGUACAUAGAGUGCCAAGUGAGAACGAUCAGUAUGACGAUAUACCAUCAGUGCGGAACGGCGAAGAUGGGACCGUCCUGGGACCCCGGCGCCGUGGUUGACCCCCGGCUCAGGGUGCACGGUAUAGAGGGGCUCAGGGUCAUAGACGCUAGCAUAAUGCCGACUAUAGUGAGCGGUAACACUAACGCCGCAGUCAUCAUGAUCGGCGAGAAAGGGAGCGAUCUAAUAAAACAAGACUGGUUGAAUCGAAAAAGAUGACAAUAGGAUCAUUAGAUAGAUAGGGCUCUUAUGUAAAUAUUGUAAAUAGUGAAGAGCGUAGUAUAUAAUUUA